GUUCAUUGCUCCCAUCUAUUAAUUAUAUUCCCGUUCUACCGGUCUGUGUGUGUAUUAUUUUUAGACAACUCGUCCGGUUUGCUUGUUAAUAUUCUCGUAACGACAUUGUGUAAACCGACCGACAGUGUCCACUCCAGCUAAGUGAGCCAAUCGAACAUAUCAAUAUUACACAGGACAAUUCGCUGAAGACUGUGUUGGAGAGCCAGACAGACUGAAACAUGAAGCGUUCCAACAGUAUGACGGAAGAAAUACCUAUGGGCUAUAGAAAUGAAAUCGAAGCGAAGAGAUCAAAUAUUCUCCCAGCAACAACAGACAAUUGCCACCAACUUAUGAUGAAGAGGUUGCCCCCGACUAAAAGAUGGAGUGGGCUUUACCAGGCAUCUGAACUUGCUGUUGAGAUUAAUAAAGAAGAGAGUAGAAGUCCCUAUAGGAGUGAAUUUGCAGCUGAUUUGCCCACACCACCCAAAACACCAGCAUCACACACGGCCAUCCCACCACCCCCAGUACUUUUAGUAGCAUCUCCGCAGACUUCACCGCAGUUACACCAGAGAUUGACGGAGAGUUACAAUAUUAAGACAGAGCCGAGUACAAUACAUCAAAGAGUUCUGAUGAAUCCACCACUCACUGGUGACUCGAUUCGUUAUUAUCAUAACAACGCCUCACCCCCAGGAAGCAGGUCGUCACCCAUAGGCAGUCUACUAAGCCCCAGUGGGUCUGGUCUAAUUUCAUCACCGAUGAGUGGUUCAAGUUAUGCUUACACACCCAACACCCCUUUCUCAUCUGGUAUGAACACACAUUUCCCGUUCCCACCACACUGUGCACCACCUGGCCAACAUUUUUUAACUGGACCCUCUCAUGGACGGAAAGCAAAGCACUCAGAGGGAAGUUUAUCAGGACUGGAUAGCCAGGGGCAAAGUGAAGAAAGCAGCAACUCUGAGGAAGAUGAUUCGUUAAUGUAUUGCAGUAUUUGCCAAGAUAAGGCCACUGGACUGCACUAUGGCAUCAUCACGUGUGAAGGUUGCAAAGGUUUUUUCAAAAGAACAGUGCAGAACAAGCGAGUCUACUCCUGUGUUGGAGAAGGAAACUGUGAGAUCACCAAAGCACAGCGAAACCGAUGCCAGUUCUGUCGGUUUCAGAAGUGUCUACAGAAAGGGAUGCUCCUGGAAGCAGUACGAGAAGAUCGUAUGCCUGGUGGUCGGAAUACAGGGCUGUCAUAUAAGUGUAAACCAAAAAACUAUGACAGACUCAGAAAAAAGUUUCAGCAAAUUGCUCAACAGAAAGCCAUAGAAAACAAGCGAAACCGUGCCGAAAAACAGGCGUUAAAAGCAGCCCGGGAUGCCAUGAAGAAAGAGAACAGUGAGAAAGGAUCCCAGUUACCUAUCAAUGGUGAGGAAAUGACACAGAUGCACUUCUCAGAUAUAAAAGUCGAGACUGCACAGAUGAUUGAAGUGCUCCUACAAACAGAAACUGCUUUAGGAAAAAUCACACCGAAUGAGCGUAACAUGACUCCGGUGAACUAUUCCGAUGACCUCCUAAAAGCCAUGUGUAAACUUGGUGAUGAUUUGGUGUUUCAUUUAGUGCAGUGGGUGAAGCACCUGCCGUUCUAUACCCAGCUCGGCACCGCAGAACAUACGCACAUUCUUAAGUCCAAAUGGCAGGAGCUCCUGCUACUUUCGGUAGCUGUAAAUGCGAUUCAUUUCCGGAACAGCACCACUAAUAAAGGGCUGAGUUUUGAACAGCAUGUGUUCCAAAAUAUGAUGUAUUUACAAGAAUGCCUGAACCAGACAAUGGAAAACCAUUUGGACAUUGAGGACUUCCAGGAAGAAAUGAGUGAAGUGGUAGAAAAACUGACAUGUCUUGUUGCAAUGUUUCAUACCUACAAAAUGACCAGAGAUGAGUAUCUACUCUUGAAAGUGGUGGUCCUUCUCCGUGGUAACAACAGUAAUAAUAAUAACAAUAAUGAAACCUGUGAAUUGACAGACAAAGUCUGCGAGCCUUAUCUCAGCGCUCUUCACGAUUACAUGAACAUCAACUAUCCGUCAUAUCCCAAUCGGUUUAACGAGAUCAUGUCGCAUCUUCCCGAACUCCGCUGUUGCGCAGAACUGUUAUGUAGGAGUAAGCUUCUUUACAUGCCUUAUCUCCUGAAUGCGAUGUCUAAGUGUUGA